AUGGCUAGAAGACCAGCUAGAUGUUACAGAUACUGCAAGAACAAGCCGUUCCCAAAGUCCAGAUACAACCGUGGUGUCCCAGAUCCUAAGAUCAGAAUUUAUGACUUGGGUAGAAAGAAGGCUGCUGUCGAUGACUUCCCAUUGUGUGUUCACUUGGUUUCCAACGAGAUUGAGCAACUGUCUUCCGAGGCUUUGGAAGCCGCUCGUAUCUGUGCUAACAAGUACAUUACCACACAAUCUGGUAGAGAUUCAUUCCACUUGAGAAUCAGAGUCCACCCAUACCAUGUCUUACGUAUCAACAAGAUGUUGUCUUGUGCCGGUGCCGAUAGAUUGCAACAAGGUAUGAGAGGUGCUUGGGGUAAGCCACACGGUUUGGCCGCUCGUGUCACCAUUGGUCAAAUUCUGAUGUCUAUCAGAACCAAGGACUCUAACAAGGCCGUCGUUAUUGAGGGUCUCAGAAGAUCCCGUUACAAGUUCCCAGGUCAACAAAAGAUCAUUAUCUCCAAGAAGUGGGGUUUCACUCCACUGGACCGUGAGGACUACAUUGUCAAGAGAGCUAGUGGUGAGAUCAGAGACGAUGGUGCUUACGUCAAGUUCCUGACCAAGAAGGGUCCUUUGCAAGAGAACUUGGAGCAAUUCCCAGACUACAACUACGCCGAGGCUAAUUAG